AUGCUCUCACGUGUUGCUGCAGUGGAGACACCCCGCACACACAACCGUCGCGGCGUGACCGGAUCCAGCGGAAGGAGGAGGGAAGGAGGAGAGAGUGAGCCGCAGAGGCCCAACAUGUCCCGGCGUGUGUUUGCUUCCGCGGUGCUCCUCCUCGUCGUGAUGAUGUGCUGCAGUACUUGUGGAGGUGUGCAAGCUGAUGAGAAUCUGCCGGCAGUUCCAAGGUAUCAAUUGGAGGACAUUGCUGAUGGAAAUCUGGAGUCGUUUGGAAUUCCCGGCCUUUUGAAAGUGGGGAGUGACGUAUUUGCCGUUGCCGAGGCGCAGUGCAAGAAGAAGGAUGGAGAAGAUGCCUUUACUGGCAUUGCAUCCCAACUUCUCACGAUAAAAGACGAUAACACACCGGAGGAAGCGCCUAAGGUUGCCAGAGUGAUACGAGUUCUGGAGAAAAGCACUUCCACAAGCAAGAAAGUAGAUGUGAGCCGACCGACAGCAGUUGUGGAUGGAAAUGAUAUUUACAUGCUUGUUGGAAAAUACAGCCGGAAUGCUGGUGCUGGUGCUCGGGAGAGUGGUGCCGAUGACUGGGGACUUUUGCUGUUGAAAGGGGAAGUCAGUGCUCAAGGAGAUGACAGCGAAAAAAAAAUCCUUUGGAAGGAAGCGGACGGUCUACAGUGCACUAUGGGCGACAAACACGAAUCCUUGAGGCGGCUGAUUGGCGGCGGUGGAUCGGGUGUUAAGACGAAGGACGGUACGCUUGUGUUUCCCGUAAAAGGCACGCAGGAGAAAGUUGGGCAGAAGGAAGCUGCGGGUGGAAAGACUUUCUCACUGCUCCUUUACACUUUAGAUACUUCGAAGAACAUUGUGACUUGUAAGCUGUCGAAGGAGAUGUCUGCCGAUGGCUGCAGUGAUCCCUCCGUCGUGGAGUGGAAGGACAAACUCAUGAUGAUGACUGCGUGUGGUGAUGGCCGCCGCAGGGUGUACGAGUCCGGCGACAAGGGGGAGUCGUGGACGGAGGCACUCGGGACACUCUCGCGCGUGUGGGGCAACAACAAAAAGGAGGGAGAAGGGAAGGCCGUUGGGAGCGGGUUCACCGCAGCGACAAUUGGUGUUGGAGAUGAUGAGAAGAAUGUGAUGCUCGUUACUCUGCCGGUGUAUUCCAAAGAAAAUAAAAAGGGCGAACUCCAUCUUUGGCUGACGGACAAUACGCACAUUGUUGAUAUUGGGCCGGUAUCCGGGAAGGACGAUGACGCUGCCGCCAGCGCCCUGUUGUACAAAAGUGCUGGAAGUGGAACUGAUGAUAAUAAUGAUGGUUUGGUUGCACUGUACGAGAAGAAGAAGGUCGGUGAUGAAAAACCAUCGCCCGGUAUGGUCUCCGUGCGUCUGACUGCGCAGCUGCAGCGUGUGAAGGAUGUGCUGGCGACCUGGAAGGAAGUGGACAAAAGUGUCUCCCAGCUGUGCCCUUCUGAGGGUGCUGUGCAGGCUCCCUCAACUGACAGUGCCUGCAAAAACAAUAAGAUCACGGCUGGGCUGGUUGGCUUUUUGUCCGGCAACUUCUCUGAUGGCACAUGGAGGGACGAGUACCUCGGGGUGAACGCCACAGUAAAGAAGAAUGAUGUGGCGGAGCAGGUAAAAAGUGGCGUGAAGUUCACAGGGCGUGGUGCGUGGGCGGAGUGGCCCGUUGGCAGUCAGGGGGAGAAUCAGCCGUACCACUUUGCGAACUACAACUUCACUCUUGUGGCGACGGUGUCCAUCGACGGUGUGCCGACGCAGGAGGGUCCCAUUCCAGUGAUGGGUGCGAUAUUGAAGGAUGCCGAGAAUCCAGUACUUCUUGGACUGUCGUACAACAACAAAGGAAAAAAGUGGCAUGUGCUGUGCGAUGGGAAACCGACGGAGGUGCAAAACCACAUUGAGGGGCAAGAGAAAACACACCAGGUGGCCAUUGUGCUGCAGAACGGCACUCAGGGCUCCGCGUACGUCGAUGGUAGGCGUGUGGGAGAUGUGCAAUGCCAAUUGGAGAAUACGAAUUCUAAAGGGAUCUCCCACUUCUACAUUGGAGGGGACGGAAGCAGCACAGAGGGCCAAGGAGGCGUGUCUGUGACUGUGAGGAACGUCCUGCUGUACAACCGCCCGUUGGAUGGCAAUGAGAUUACUGCUCUUAAUGCAAUUAAAGCCCCGAUUACGCCUCCGAAGGAAACAAGUGCGCAGGAAGUCGUGUUGCCUUCUCCUGGCAGAACACCGCAUGCGGGACAGGAAGCUUUGAAUGGAGGUGAAGGUGCUGCCGGUGGAAGUGCAUCCCCAUCAGCAGUGUCCGCUUCAACGACUUCCGUACCUGUGGGGCAAUCUGUGAACCAACUCGCGCCAGGAAAGCCUCCCGAUGGAAAUGCAGAUGUGGAUGGCGCUCCCUCGUCUAGCGGUAACCCGACGGUGGGGGAGGGGAGUGCAGAUACGAUACAGGGGGAUGGACCGCACACACCUUCCGUGGGUAAUACCGCUGCCGCCGCCGAUACAAACGUUCUUGCCGCUGAAGGCGAGGGGCACGAUGGACCCGCAUUGACAGCUGAUGUGAGCGCGAGCUCUGGUGCGGAUGGGGAGACGGCAGGAGGAACGGAUGGGCAGGAGCAGGAGAUCAAUCCACAGAACGGGGAAGUAAAGUCUGCGGCCCUCAGCAGCAGCCUCGGAAAUUUGUCGCAGGGGAAUAACAGCGAUGCGUGCACUGUGCGUGAGAGCGGACUGCUGCCGCUGCUCCUUCUGUUGUUGGGACUGUGGGGGUUUGCGGCUGCGUGA